UGUAUAGGUUUAAAUGUGAGCAGUAAUAUCGCAAAGAAAAUUGCAAAUUGCACUUCUGCGUAUAGUAUGAUACACAAAUUAGAAACCUUGUAUGGUAAAAGGUUCGAUCUCACAAUUGAAGGGUAACAGAGAAAUUUUUUUAAUUAUAAGUAUGAUUCAAGCAAAUCUGUAGUGAAGAAUUGCUUAUCAGUUCAACAAUAUGCAGAAGACUUGAAAGCUGAAGGAGAAACAAUUAAAGAAAGCUGGAUUAUGACAAGAAUACUCAGAAUACUGCUACCGAAACUAUACCACCUCAGGACGUCAUGGGAUAAUGCUAAUUCAAUGGACAAGAACAUUGACACCUUAAUUGAACGACUUCAACUGGAAGAAGACAGAUUGAAGGAAGAUGACAAGAAGGGAUCAAUCACACAGAAUGCUCUCAUUUCAAAGCAGAAAAUGCAAGGUAACAAGGACAAAAGUCAGCAGAAAAGUUCAAGAAUGUUUCAAAUGCGGACAAAAGGGACACGUAAAGAAAUAUUGCAAGAAUAAGCCGUGUCAGAAAUAUUUGGAGUAUUGCAGGAAAACUUAUAAUUGUAACAACUGCAAUCAAAAGGGCCAUUUCGCAAUGGAGUGUAUAAAUGAGAAGUCAGAUGAAUCAAAGAAAGGAGACAAGAUCAAAGGACAACAACGAGCUCUUGUCACUGUAGGAUUGACAUCAAUGAAAAUAAAUGACAAGAACUCAAGACGAAAUCGACAGGAUAUUUGGUAUCAAGGUAGUGCUGCCACACAGCACAAGACCUUCAGGAAAGAAUGGCUGACAAACUAUAAAGCGCUGAAGGAGUAUACGAAGGUGAUACUUGGGAACAACACAGAAAUCAAUGGGAUCGAAGUAGGUGACGUCAAACUUGAGGCCUUUAAUGGAAGGGAAUGGUAUCCAGCAACCCUGAAAGAUGUUUUAUAUGUUCUUAAUAUAUCAUUCAAUCUAUUUUCGGUUACCCAAAUGUUGGAUAAAGGGUUUAUUCAGACUGCCAAUGCAAACACAUCAAUUAUCGAAAUGGCCAAUAGUGUGAGGGUCAAAGGGGGUGAAGAAUUUUAUGAAUAAAAUAAUCAUUUAAAGAAGAAACUAAAAACUUUAGAUAAAAUAAUAUUUCGAACUUCACCAAGAUUUUAUCUACAAAAACGAAUGAAACAGCAGAAUUUUGAAAGGAAGUUGAUUUCCUUUCCCAGGCGAACUGGUGAUGAGCUGAUAAGGUUGCACCCAGGAUGUAAGAGAGAAUAAAAAGGGCCGUUUUCGCGCCACUCGGGGGGCAGACCAAUUCGAGCAGUAGACAGAUUGAGAAGUGUCCUGCCAUAUGCUCCAUACAAGAUCUCUGAAGCUGUCCAUAAAGUAGGAAACUGCUAUACUAGGAAGAAUACUUAAGAAGUCAUACAUACGACAUACGACGUGGAUAUACUGAAGUAUAACAUACGAGAAGAUAAUCGGAAGGAAAGAUAACUGAAUAACCCCAAUAGAAAAUACAAGAAGAGGUAUACAUAAGGAAGGAAGGCGAUCUUCGUGCAGAUACAGAAGCUACAGAAGGUAAUACAAGCUCUGAAUAGAUCGAUGUAAACUCUCUCACACGUUAGGUUAGAAAUAAUAUAGUUUAAGUUAGAGUUAGAUAUAGGUUAGAUCCAUCUUUGUAUAUUCUUAUUAUUCGAUUUAUUAAAUAUUUACUUGUUUACAUAAUGACUUGGUUUUUGGUGAACAUCCAUUUAUAUUUAAGUUCCCACGUUUCUUCAAUCUCCGAGAUUAGGGAUAACGCGUGUUAAUCCACGUGUAAAACAACUGAUUAACUGGUGUCUAGGAAUCCUGACGUUGGAUAAAGACUUUGCCGUCUAUAUCCUCUCUAAUAUUAAAAAGCCCUCCCGGUCAAAAUCCUAAUUAGGAUUGGAUCUCUCGAUCCAAAACCCAGAGAACAGAUUUCGGUUAAUCUGAGCCCGUAAGAGGUAUAGGAUCAACCCUAUACCCCCGGCUGAUCUCACAAUAGAAAGGAGCAAAUAGCAGUAGCACAAUGACAUGAAGAAUUAUAUCAAAUGAUGAUCCGCAGAGAGGACACAGUGAAUGUGCAUGAUAGCCAACUCAAUCAAAGUCUGGCACGAAAUAUAAGAUAUAUUGAUGACUGGGACAACAACGUUUGUAUUGGCUGUGUCUACGGUGAACAACAUCAUAUCUCUCACCCAAGAAAUAACAAGGUAGCAAAGGAAGUAUUGGAUCUGAUACACGUUGACUUAGGUGAAAUGGACACCUUAUCUCUGGGAAAGGCAAGAUAUUUUCUCUUAUUCAAGGACGACUUUUCUCAUUUUAGGACUGUUUAUUUUUUACGAACCAAGGAUGAAGUCCCUGCAGCAUUGGGUAAAUACAUGAAACUAGUUGAAAACCAAUUUGGAAGAAAAGUGAAAAGUCUAAGGUCUGACAACGAUACAGAAAUCAAAAAUUCGACUACCAGGGAGUUAUUGGAGGAGCUUGGAGUUUACAUACUAGGACAAACACGUAUACACUGCAGCAAAAUGGACGAAUAGAGAGGGAGAUGCACACCAUAGUGGAGUCAGCUUGAUCUGUUUUACAUGCCAGGAACUUAAGCGAAAAUCUUUGGGCUGAAGCUAUUAACUAUGCUGUGUUCACCAUUAAUCAAACAGGAAAGAGCUCUAUAGAUGAUAAAAGUCCUGCCGAACUUUGGUUUGGACGUAUGGUAAACAUCUCAAAAUUGAAAAGUUUCGGCAGUGAGUGUUAUAUAUUGAUUGACGAUCAUAAAAGGAGAAAGAUGGAGGGAAAGUCUAUGAAAGGAAUCUUCGUCGGAUAUGAUCUCGAUUCACCUUGUUAUAGAGUCUACUUACCAGAUGAGAAGGAGAUUGUCUGCACUGACAAUGUGAUUUUCAAUGUAAAGUCUGAAACUAAAGGAAACACUGCUGAAGUCGAGACCCACAUGAAGGAAAAGGGAACAGAAGAGAAGAUAGAAGAGUCCAAAACUGAAAACGAAACCAUAGAGGAUUCAGAUGAUAAAUGUUCACAGAAUCAUUCA